CACGUCAGAUUCUCAGUCAGCCUGCAUCACUUAACAGCUCAAAAUGAUCUUGAUGUAGAUUUCUUCCCUCCCAUCUUUUGCCAUGUUCCUGGCAGCUGCUGUGCCGUAAUGUAAUCACAAAGAGGAUGGUUGACAUCCUCCUGCAGCGGAGGAGGCGGUGCGUGCCUCUCCUCCUUCCUUCUCGUCUCACCGCAGCUUGGACGUGUACUCAGCAUCAAACCCAACAUCGGCUCUGCUGCUCUGUGUGACUGUGCCGCUGCUGCUGCCGACUCCACGUCCACACAACACCUCACAUAUUCUGGGAUCUGACCCAAAGGUUGGCAUGCCGUGGACCAGACCCCUAGUGGAGCUUCAUGGUAGUGGAGCGGAGGUCAAAGAUCAAUACAACAAUGACGACCACCAUUAUGUGGGCUCCCUGUUCCCCACGUCCACCCUCAUCCCAGUCACUGCUAUCUGCAUCCUCAUCUUCAUCAUAGCUGUGGUGGGUAACACCUUGACGAUACUCAUCAUCCAGCACUUCAAGGACAUGAAGACCACCACUAAUCUCUACCUGUCCAGCAUGGCCAUAUCUGACCUGGUCAUCUUCCUCUGCCUGCCCUUUGACCUUUACCGCCUGUGGAAGUAUGUGCCCUGGCUGUUUGGGGACGUAGUGUGCCGUUUCUACCACUACAUCUUUGAGUGCUGCACAUCUGCCACCAUCCUCCACAUCACGGCCCUCAGCAUUGAACGCUACCUGGCCAUCAGCUUUCCUCUCAGGAGCAAGGUGGUGGUGACCAAGCGCAGGGUGCAGUACAUCAUCCUCGCCCUUUGGAUUUUCGCCUUGGCAUCUGCAGCACCCAUUCUCUUCCUGGUUGGGGUAGAGUAUGACAACGACACUCACGCAGACUACAACACAGGCCAGUGCAAGCACACCACCUACGCCAUCAGCUCCGGGCAGCUGCACAUCAUGCUGUGGGUGUCCCAUACCUACUUCUUCUGCCCCAUGCUCUGCCUCAUCUUCCUCUAUGGUUCCAUUGGGUGCAAGCUGUGGAAAAGCAAGAACGACCUGCCCGGCCUCUGUGCUUUCGCCCGAGAAAGAUCACACAAGCAAACUGUCAAGAUACUUGGUGAGUAUCAAAUAUAA